AACCUAAAGCCACUGAACCUUUGGAGUUUGAUAUGAUGAUUAGAGCAUAACCCGAGUGACACGCUGAAUUCGCCAUAAUCAAGGAAACCUUUUCCGGUGGGGAUCUCUGAAAUCACUCAGUGAGCAACCCUAAUUAACCUGAUUUUUUGCUGAUAAUCACUCUCAAUGGAAUCAAAUCACAAAUCCGGGGAUGGAUUGAGCGGCACCCAGAAGGAAGCAGCCCUCCGCGCACUGGUCCAGCGCACAGGAUAUAGCUUGGUCCAGGAGUUGCAGGAAAAUGGACAAAGAAAAUAUGGUGGUCCCCCACCUGGCUGGGAUGCUGCACCCCCAGAAAGGGGCUGUGAAAUUUUUAUUGGAAAACUUCCCCGAGACCUUUUUGAAGAUGAACUUAUACCAUUAUGUGAAAAAAUUGGUAAAAUUUAUGAAAUGAGAAUGAUGAUGGAUUUUAAUGGCAACAAUAGAGGAUAUGCAUUUGUAACAUUCUCAAAUAAACAGGAAGCCAAGAACGCCAUCAAGCAACUUAAUAAUUAUGAAAUUAGAAAUGGGCGCCUCCUAGGGGUUUGUGCCAGCGUGGACAACUGCCGAUUGUUCGUAGGGGGAAUCCCGAAAACUAAAAAGAGAGAAGAAAUCUUAUCAGAGAUGAAAAAGGUCACCGACGGAGUGGUGGAUGUCAUCGUCUACCCGAGUGCGGCGGAUAAAACCAAAAACCGGGGCUUUGCCUUCGUGGAGUACGAGAGUCAUCGGGCGGCGGCCAUGGCCCGAAGGAAGCUUCUACCAGGAAGAAUUCAGUUAUGGGGACAUCCUAUUGCAGUAGACUGGGCAGAACCGGAAGUAGAAGUUGAUGAAGACACGAUGUCUUCAGUGAAAAUCCUGUAUGUAAGAAAUCUAAUGCUGUCUACCUCUGAAGAGAUGAUUGAGAAAGAAUUCAACAAUAUUAAACCAGGUGCUGUGGAGAGGGUGAAGAAAAUCCGAGACUAUGCCUUCGUGCACUUCACUAACCGCGAAGACGCAGUGGAGGCGAUGAAAGCUUUAAAUGGGAAGGUGCUGGAUGGUUCCCCCAUUGAAGUAACCCUAGCCAAACCAGUGGACAAGGACAGUUAUGUUAGGUACACCCGAGGAACAGGCGGAAGGGGCACCAUGCUGCAAGGGGAGUACACCUACUCUUUGGGCCACGUUUAUGAUCCCACCACAACCUACCUUGGAGCUCCUGUCUUCUACGCCCCCCAGGCCUACACAGCGAUCCCCAGCCUUCAUUUCCCAGCCACCAAAGGACAUCUUGGCAACAGGGCCAUUAUCCGAGCCCCUUCUGUUAGAGAAAUUUACAUGAAUGUACCUGUAGGGGCUGCGGGAGUGAGAGGACUGGGAGGCCGUGGCUAUUUGGCUUACACAGGCCUGGGCCGUGGAUACCAGGUCAAAGGAGACAAGAGAGAAGACAAACUCUAUGAUCUUUUACCUGGGAUGGAGCUCACGCCAAUGAAUCCUGUCAGUUUAAAACCCCAAGGAAUUAAACUUGCUCCCCAGAUAUUAGAAGAAAUUUGUCAGAAAAAUAACUGGGGACAGCCAGUGUACCAGCUGCACUCUGCCAUUGGACAAGAUCAAAGGCAACUCUUCUUAUACAAAAUCACCAUCCCUGCCCUGGCGAGCCAGAAUCCCGCAAUCCAUCCUUUCACACCUCCGAAGCUAAGUGCCUACGUGGAUGAAGCCAAGACGUAUGCAGCCGAGUACACCCUGCAGACCCUGGGCAUCCCCACUGAUGGAGCCGAUGCCGCCACCACAGCUGCUGCUGCCGCUGAUGUUUUCUCUGCCUCCUUCUCCAGGCUACGGUCUCCCAAAUGCACCUGCCUCCAUGUCCGCAGCCCAACUCAAGCAGGCAGUGACCCUGGGACAAGACUUGGCAGCAUAUACGACGUAUGAGGUCUACCCCACUUUUGCAGUGACUGCCCGAGGGGAUGGCUAUGGAACCUUCUGAAGACAUCUUUCUUUUCAUUUAAGAAUGAAACACACAAAGCUCGAUCUAGAAGAAAUAAACCUCUCACUCAGUCCCUUAAUGAUCACAAGUAAUACUUUCCCCAGAGUGAUGCCUUUCUGGAUAUGGUAUAGCUUAUACUGAUUGUAGAAUUGUGAUAUGAGAACUUUAUUCCUAAUGAAAUCAAAUAUUAGGAAGCCAUUUGUCUAACAGAAAGCUAAAGAGCCAUUUCCCCCUGAAAGUUGUUCUUCCAAGGUUCCUGAGUGUCUUGGGAGUAUGUUUACAUACCCUGACAGAGUGAAGAGAGAUCUUUAGCCAGUAAGAGUUCAGGGGCUAAGCAGAUCUGGGCAGCCAGUAACAACCAAAGGAGCCAAGUAAGUUCCAAAGUCUUAACCCCUAGCUCACAGCUGCUUCUGUAAUACACAAAGUCACAAAAGGCAAAGGGACAGUAGGAGAUGCUCUUCCACACCCAUUCCCCAUUGCCCACUGCGUGGUACGUGCCCAUAGGCUGGAGCUCCUGAGAGACUGUCCAAGGUCUAAUGCAGUCAGCAUCAUUUCAGUCUGAAAACUCCAUCCAGUCAAUCUGUCAUAGGUCAGGAUCUUCUCAUCCCCUGCAGCCCAUGGGGACUUGGAAAUUGACAUGAUGUGUUACAGCUAUAGUUUAAACAAACCCAGGCCCAUUGUUUAUUAAACUCAUUAGCCCACACCUCUUUUUGCCUGGAACUCCUCCCCUUCCCAAGGAUGCCCACAACAUAAUAGACAUGCCUACUUGAAAUGACUUUUUCUCAUUUUAAACAUUUUGACUUGUCCAUACUGAUUUAGUCUCAUCUCAGUCUUAUUUUGCUCAUCUGUCAUAGCAUAAAAUAAUUCAAAUCUAUAGAAUAUCAUUUAUGAUACUUUUUCCUAUUCAGAAAAUUGACGGAAAAGUCAUUUCAAACAAAGGGAGAGGUGAAGAUCUACUCUCAUUUCUUUGAUGUUUUUAUAGCACCCAGCCCCCAUCCAGCAUUCAGAGACAGUUACAUUAACUUGGGUUUACUUUCUAACCCAUUUAUACUAACUCUGCCAAAAAAAAAAA